AUGGGAGCCAUUUCAACCACAGCUAAAGAUCACAGGUGGCCCCCGGACCCUAGUAUGGGCAAACCUCGGUCGGUCUCUCACCGGUGUGCGCGUGUGUGUGUGUGUAUGUGUGUGUGUGUGUGAGUGUGUGUGUGUCUGGAAGGGGGGGAAGAGAUGAUGGCCGCGGUUACUUCGACAGGCUCUCGUCUGUGGGGAAUAUGAUGCGUAAAGUGUCGGCGUUUUUUUUUUUCCGAAGACAUAAUCAACAUGGCGACAGCUGCUGCGGCCCCCUCUGCUCGUUUUGAAACGAGCGACAAUUAAGCUCCCUGCCGAAGCUGAGCCCCUCGCUGCCCUCUGAAGGAGCAGGAUGACAAGAUGGCACAGCUGCUUGUACCGCCCGGACCUGACAGCUUCCGCCCCUUCGUCCCCGAGUCGCUGGCCGCCAUCGAGAGGCGCAUCGCCGAGGAGGAGGCCCGGAGACCACGGACGGAGCGUCGCAGCGACAGCGAUGAUGAAAAUGGGCCCAAGCCCAACAGUGACCUGGAGGCGGGGAAAUCUCUCCCCUUCAUCUAUGGGGACAUCCCUCCCCCCCUGGUGUCCACUCCUCUGGAGGACAUGGACCCCUUCUACAGCAAUCAGAAGACCUUCAUAGUAUUGAAUCGCGGGAAGGCAAUCUUCCGUUUCAAUGCCACCCCUGCCUUGUACAUCUUAAGCCCCUUCAACCCUCUAAGGAGGAUAGCUAUUAGAGUUUUAGUACACUCGAUGUUCAGCAUGUUGAUCAUGUUCACCAUCCUGACCAACUGUGCUUUCAUGACCCUCAGUAAUCCCCCGGAAUGGGCCAAGAAUGUAGAGUACACAUUCACAGGGAUUUACACCUUCGAGUCCCUUAUAAAGAUCCUGGCCAGGGGCUUCUGUGUGGGGAAGUUCACUUUCCUCCGAGACCCAUGGAACUGGCUGGAUUUCAGUGUUAUCCUCAUGGCAUAUGUCACAGAGUUUGUGGACCUGGGCAAUGUCUCAGCACUGCGAACCUUCAGGGUUCUGCGAGCCCUGAAAACUAUAUCAGUCAUCCCAGGCUUGAAGACCAUCGUUGGCGCACUGAUCCAAUCGGUGAAAAAGCUGUCGGACGUGAUGAUCCUCACCGUGUUCUGCCUCAGCGUGUUCGCCCUCAUCGGCCUGCAGCUCUUCAUGGGCAACCUGAGGCAGAAGUGCAUACGUAUGCCGAGUAACAGCACCAACAGCACCAACAUCACUGCCGAUGACACGAUGCUUUUGAACAACAGCCUGCUGGACGUCAAUCUCACGUUUGCGCAGAACACCACGGAGAACUACUUCAACUGGACGGAGUAUAUCAGCGAUGAGAAUAAUUACUAUUACCUCCCUGGCCGUAGGGAUGCUCUGCUCUGUGGGAAUGGCAGUGGCGCUGGGCUUUGUCCAGAGGGCUAUAUAUGUAUCAAAGGGGGUCGUAAUCCGGACUUCGGCUACACCAGCUUUGACACCUUCAGCUGGGCGUUCCUCUCUCUGUUCCGACUAAUGACCCAGGACUAUUGGGAAAACCUCUACCAGCAGACGCUGCGUGCGGCGGGGAAACCCUACAUGAUCUUCUUCGUGCUGGUGAUCUUCCUGGGCUCCUUCUACCUGGUCAACCUGAUCUUGGCCGUGGUGGCCAUGGCUUAUGACGAGCAGAACCAGGCUACUAUUGAGGAGGCUCAGCAGAAGGAAGAGGAGUUCCAGGCCAUGCUGGAGCAGCUGAAGAGACAGCAGGAGGAGGCACAGGUUGCCGCGGCAGCAGCCACGGAGAGCGGAGAGUACAGUGGGAGAGGGGGCCCCACCUCUGAGUCCUCCUCAGGGACGUCUAAGCUCAGCUCGAAAAGUGCCAAGGAGCGACGCAACAGGCGGAAGAAGAGGAAGCAGAGGGAGGAAGAGGAGGAGAGGGGGGUCCGCGACAAGUUCCGCAAGUCUGAGUCCGAGGGCAGCAUCAAGAGAUCCAGCUUCCGCUUCUCCAUUGAUGCCAACAGACUCUCUUAUGAGAAGAGAUGCUCCUCACCCAACCAGUCUCUCCUCAGCAUACGUGGAUCUCUAUUCUCGCCACGGAGGAACAGCCGUGCCAGCCUGUUCAGCUUCCGCGGCCGGGCACGUGACAUGGGCUCCGAAAACGACUUUGCGGACGAUGAGCACAGUACCUUCGAGGAGAGCGACAGCCGUCGGGGUUCCCUGUUCUUGCCACGCCGCCUCGAGCGCCGCAGCAGCGCUGUAAGCCAGACCAGUCUAGGGGCUCCACGUAUCAUGCUGCCCGCCAACGGCAAGAUGCACUGUGCCGUGGACUGCAAUGGUGUGGUGUCGCUGGUUGGUGGAACUUCUGUAACAACCUCCCCUGUAGGUCUACUGCUGCCUGAGGGUACAACUACAGAUACGGAGCUGAAGAAACGGCGCACAGGUUUUCACCACCCAUCCAUGGAUUAUUUAGACGAACCAGGAGGCAGGCAAAGAGCCAUGAGUGUGGCCAGUAUCCUCACCAACACCAUGGAAGAGCUUGAAGAGUCUAGACAGAAGUGCCCCCCCUGCUGGUAUAGAUUUGCCAACACUGCUCUGAUCUGGGAUUGUUGUCCCGCAUGGUUGAAAAUCAAGGAGUUCGUCAGCAUGGUGGUCAUGGAUCCAUUUGUGGAUCUGGCUAUCACAAUUUGCAUUGUCCUCAACACCCUUUUCAUGGCCAUGGAGCAUUACCCCAUGACGGAGGAAUUUGACAACGUACUCUCAGUUGGAAACCUGGUGUUCACAGGUAUCUUCACAGCAGAGAUGUGCUUCAAGAUCAUCGCCCUAGAUCCCUACUACUACUUCCAGGAGGGAUGGAACAUUUUUGAUGGGAUCAUUGUUAGUCUGAGUCUGAUGGAGCUUGGUUUGGCCAACGUAGAAGGCCUGUCUGUGCUCAGGUCCUUCAGAUUGCUGAGGGUCUUCAAACUGGCCAAGUCAUGGCCCACUCUGAACAUGCUGAUCAAGAUCAUCGGUAACUCAGUGGGAGCUUUGGGGAACUUGACUCUGGUGCUUGCCAUCAUCGUCUUCAUCUUCGCUGUGGUGGGCAUGCAGCUAUUCGGCAAGAGCUACAAGGAGUGUGUGUGUAAGAUUUCUGAUGAUUGCAAGCUACCCCGUUGGCACAUGCACGAUUUCUUCCACUCCUUCCUGAUCGUUUUCCGGGUGCUGUGUGGAGAGUGGAUCGAGACCAUGUGGGACUGCAUGGAGGUGGCAGGACAGUCGAUGUGCCUGAUCGUCUUCAUGAUGGUCAUGGUCAUUGGAAACCUGGUGGUUCUAAACCUGUUCCUGGCUCUCCUCCUGAGCUCAUUCAGCGCUGACAACCUGGCAGCAACUGACGACGACAGCGAGAUGAACAACCUGCAAAUUGCUGUUGGCAGGAUCCAGCGGGGCAUCGCCUUUGUCAAAGCCACAGUGCGGCAGUUCCUCCAAAGCCUCUGCUUUGGUGGGGGCAGUGCGGGCUCUGAUCUGGCCAAAGAGAGCAAACCCCUGGAUGAACUGCACAGCAAUGGCAAAGGCAACUGUAUCUCCAACCACACUUCAGUGGAGAUCACCAAAGACCCCAGCGGGGUGUAUAUGACAGAGGGAAAUGGACGGCCAGGAGGAGGGCUGGUGGUUGGGGUCGGGGUUGGUGGGGACAGUACAGGGAAGUACCCCGUGGAGGAAUGUGACUACAUGUCGUUUAUUCAUAACCCCAGCCUGACAGUCACGGUGCCCAUCGCUGUGGGCGAGUCAGACUUUGAGAAUCUUAACACAGAAGAUUUCAGCAGCGACUCGUCAGAUGUGGAGGGCAGCAAAGAGAAGCUCGAUGUAGAGCCCCAGCAUCUCAGCUCUUCAGAGGGGAGCACAGUCGAUAUUCGCCCCCCAGGAGAUGGGGUCGAUUCAGUAGAGCUGGAGCCGGAGGAGUCACAGGAUCCAGAGGCCUGCUUCACCGAGGGCUGUGUGAGUAGGUUCCAGUGCUGUCAGAUCAACGAGGAGGGAGGCAAGUAUAAGAGCUGGUGGACCCUCAGGAAAACCUGUUUUGUCAUAGUGGAGCACAACUGGUUUGAAUCCUUCAUCAUAUUCAUGAUCCUGCUCAGCAGUGGAGCGCUGGCGUUCGAGGACAUUUACAUUGAGCAGAGGAGGACCAUCAAAACAGUGCUGGAGUAUGCGGAUAAGGUGUUCACUUACAUCUUCAUCCUGGAAAUGCUGUUGAAGUGGGUGGCAUACGGCUUCGUCAAGUACUUCACUAACGCCUGGUGCUGGCUCGACUUCCUCAUCGUAGACGUGUCCUUGGUCAGCCUUGUAGCCAAUGCUCUGGGCUACUCUGAGCUUAGCGCCAUCAAAUCUCUGAGGACACUGCGAGCCCUCCGGCCCCUGAGGGCCCUGUCUCGGUUUGAGGGCAUGAGGGUUGUGGUGAAUGCGCUGCUGGGGGCCAUCCCCUCCAUCAUGAACGUGCUGUUGGUCUGCCUUAUCUUCUGGCUCAUCUUCAGCAUCAUGGGUGUCAACCUGUUCGCAGGGAAGUACUAUCGCUGCGUCAACACCACCACAGACGAUAUGCUUCCCAUCAACGUUGUCAACAACAUGUCUGAGUGCCUGAACUUGGUCAACGACAGCACCCGCUGGAAGAAUGUCAAAAUCAACUUUGACAAUGUCGGUGCCGGCUACCUGGCUCUGUUGCAAGUGGCAACAUUUAAGGGUUGGAUGGACAUCAUGUAUGCAGCCGUGGACUCUCGCAACGUGGAAGACCAGCCUGAAUAUGAAGUGAACUUGUACAUGUACCUCUACUUUGUCAUCUUCAUCAUCUUUGGCUCCUUUUUCACCCUCAACCUUUUCAUUGGUGUCAUCAUCGACAACUUCAACCAGCAGAAGAAAAAGUUUGGAGGUCAGGACAUCUUCAUGACAGAGGAACAGAAGAAAUACUAUAAUGCCAUGAAGAAGCUGGGUUCCAAGAAACCACAAAAACCCAUACCUCGGCCAACAAAUGCAUUUCAAGGCUGCGUGUUCGACUGCAUCACAAAACAGGCCUUCGACAUUGUGAUCAUGAUCCUCAUCUGCCUUAACAUGGUGACCAUGAUGGUAGAGACGGACGACCAAACACAAGACAUGGCCAAAAUCCUGUACUGGAUCAACCUGGUCUUCAUCGUGCUCUUCACGGGGGAGUGUGUGCUUAAGAUGAUCUCACUGCGUCACUAUUAUUUCACCAUUGGUUGGAAUAUAUUUGACUUUGUGGUAGUGAUCCUGUCGAUUGUAGGUAUGUUUUUAUCUGAAGUUAUCGAGAAGUACUUUGUGUCCCCAACGCUGUUCCGAGUGAUCCGUCUGGCCAGGAUAGGCCGCAUCCUCCGCCUUAUCAAAGGUGCCAAGGGCAUCCGGACGCUUCUCUUUGCUUUGAUGAUGUCACUUCCUGCCCUAUUCAACAUUGGCCUCCUCCUCUUCCUGGUUAUGUUCAUCUACGCCAUCUUUGGCAUGUCCAACUUUGCCUAUGUCAAGCGGGAGGCAGGAAUUGAUGACAUGUUCAAUUUCGAGACCUUUGGGAACAGUAUGAUCUGUUUAUUUCAGAUCACCACCUCAGCUGGGUGGGACGGCCUGCUGGCGCCCAUACUGAACAAGAGGGAGCCUGACUGUGAUAGCCAGAUAGAGCACCCAGGCAACUCCUACAAAGGCAACUGUGGCAACCCAUCAGUGGGCAUCUUCUUCUUUGUCAGCUACAUCAUCAUUUGCUUCCUCAUUGUGGUCAACAUGUACAUUGCUGUCAUCCUGGAGAACUUCAGCGUGGCAACAGAGGAGAGUGCAGAGCCGCUGAGUGAGGAUGACUUUGAGAUGUUCUACGAAGUGUGGGAGCGCUUUGACCCUGACGCCACUCAAUUCAUGGAGUACAGCAAGCUCUCUGACUUUGCAGAUGCUCUAGAUCCACCAUUGCGUAUGCCCAAGCCUAACAUGAUCCAGCUCAUCUCCAUGGACCUGCCGAUGGUCAGUGGGGAGCGCAUCCACUGCCUUGACAUCCUGUUUGCCUUCACCAAGCGAGUGUUGGGCGAAGGUGGUGAGAUGGAUGUGUUACGCGGGCAGAUGGAGGAGCGCUUCAUGGCCUCUAACCCUUCUAAGGUGUCUUACGAGCCCAUCACCACCACGCUCCGCCGCAAGCAGGAGGACAUGUCUGCUGUAAUCAUCCAGAGAGCCUUCCGCCGCUAUAUGAUCCGCCUAGCCAUGAAGAAGGCCUCCACCCUCUACAAGGAGCAGCUGAAGGAGGGCAUCCGUGACCCAGACAAGGACGUGAUGGUCAUCAGCAAGUUCCACGAGAACUCAACCUCAGACAAAACAGACAUGACCCCCUCCACAGCCUCCCCGCCCUCCUACAACAGCGUGACAAAAUCGGACAAGGACAAAUACGAGAAAGAAAAUAAGGAAAAAGAAAACAAAGGGAAAGACUUGAAAGACCGAAAGAAAUAGACUUUUAAAAAGGAACAAAAAAAUAAAAAUGCAUCAGAGACAUGAGGGAAAUUUGUUUACAGCUUCUAAAGGGGGUAGCUAGAUGUACGCUUGUGUUUUAAUCGUCAAGAGCUGAGGAAUGCUAUGCCAGGUAGGCCUAAAAUGGGAGCGCAGUUACGUCAUAUAUGAAUACAUAAGGACUUCUCAAAGGGGAACUUUGGAAACAAAUGAUACAGCAGACACUGCCAGAGAUUGAGUGGAACACGGAAAAGCCUCUCUGCAAAACGCUUGUGAUUUUCCUAUUGGUUGUUGUUACUAUCUGACACACUUGAGUGUACUGUUAAGUUGUCUGUAGCUAGUGCUGCUGCUACUACUAUAAAUCCAGUGUCUUGAAUUUAACAAUCGCUGUAUCACUUAGUACUCUGCAUUUUUUUUUUUGGUUUUGUUUAUUUUUUGGUUACAAGAUUUCCUUUUUUUAUGAGAAAGAAUGUUUUCUACUUUUUGUGUCAUUAUUGUGAGAAUGUGUCCACUGCUUUCACUGUUGUAAAAUCACCAAGGGCAGACAAAGUCAAUGCUGGAAACUCCAACAACCAUUUGAAACUUGUAUCAUGCAGAGUCUGUGCCAGAAUGCUCUUGAAUCAUACACUGUACAAAGCUGAAACAACAAGCAUCUCACUGAGGUACAAUGGACAAAUACAUUAUACCGACUGGUGUGCAAUCAGUGAUUGUUAAAAUCUGUAAUUCUGAAUUGUGCUAUUCGGACUGCUAUCUCCCCGUCACAGUGGAAAAUAGUCUCUAAAUACAGAGAAGCUGAAUGUAUGCAAGCUGAAGGAAUGAGACACAUUUAAAGGAAUAGUUUAACAUUUUGUGAAAUGUGUUUAUUUGCUUUUUUUUUUAAACAAAAAGAUAGAUGAGAAGAUUGAUACCACUCUCAUGUCUGUCCAUUAAAUGUUAAGCUAACACCAGGAGACUGUUAGGUAGGAUAAAGCUCACUAACACAUGGCAUAAUAACAAAGCAUCAACCUCAUAAUGACAGACACACCACCAUGUUUUUGCUAAUCCUGUAACAUGCAAAGAUUACACAUUGAGCUGAGCUGGUGUGAUAAAAGCGUCCCUCAGUGUAAUUAUAUGCUACUACAUCUCCUCACCAAACCACUUCACCUGUGAAACGGUAGCUCCACAUUUAGCUCCUCUAGUUGUUAUAAGUUUGUAAUCAAUAAGAAUUUCCUGAGCUGUUUUUUUUAUCAAGCUUUGUGAAAUAUGUAAAACAUAUAUAUAUAUAUUCUGCUCAUGUAAAGCUUCAAAAUGUCCUGACAAAAAGUACAGAAAAUGUUUAAAUCUACCAUUUUGGUAACGUUAGCUAACGUCAACACAUCAGGUUUUACCGUGAAGACUUACCACUGCCUUCACAUUCAAAAGCAUUUAUUCUGACAAAAGACAGAGUGGCACAGAAAACUGUACUUCAUGUGGACCUUAUUACCUGAUUUGCAUAAUAAGGUCAGUGGUGGUGCAUUCAUUCCUAGUUACAUGAACCAUUACCUGCAAAAACCAGCAAAAAAAAAUAAAAAAAAAUAGUUCCAUAAAACCACAACUUGUUUUUUUUACAAUUGGAUUUUUGAACGGAUUAAAUAAAGAUAUAACAUGCUUUAGAGGCACUGAUAAGCAUAUUUUGGAGCUCUGGAGUGAGGUGGGCUAGCUGUUUACGAAUCUCAGCGCCAAGCUAAGAUAAUGGACUCCUAGCUUUAGCUCUGUAGUUAGCUAACGCACAGACUUGAGAGUGCUAUUGAUCUUCUCUUCUAACUCUCUGCAAGAAAACAAAGAAGUGUAUUCCUCAAAAUGACUAACUAUUUCUUUAAAGUGACACUCACAUCUACAUCUACUUCAUCCGCUGUGGUAUUACAGUGUCUCCUCUAAUGCAUUCAUUUUCCUCCCUUUUAUCCUCCAUCCCACCCUCUUCACACAUCUCCCAGAGUCUUGUAAAGAAAAUAUCUUAAGUAAUGAAACAUACUGAAAAGAAAAUGUCACUCUUUCUAACUGCUCUGACACUAGAAUAUGACAAUAUAUCACAUUUAAAAGUUAUAAUAUCACAAAUGUUUGUAUGACAUUCAUGUUGUUCUUGAUUUACAUUGAGAAGCGAGUGGUUUUAAUGUAGUGGUUCGGUUUGUAAAUAAUAUAGCUAUUUGGGCCCACAGUAUGCAUCACACUUACAUUUGAUGUAAGAGCACUUUUUAUCCCCACUGCUAUGUAAUACCACGUGUGGCGGUCAUACAUGUAAGUGUGUGUGCGAGAGAAAGUUCAAGUGUGUCUGUAUUUGUAUGUUUAUGUGUGUAUUUGUAAGAAAGGGAGAAUGUAAGCAUCUAUCUCUUUAUGUGAGCGAGUGUAUGUGUGCAACUGGGGUCUGCGGGUUGCUUAUGUUCUACCGAUUAUAAAUAGCAUUUUUACUGUAGAUAUGAGUGCUUUUUUCCAGUCUUCGGAUUUGUUUUACAUUUUUUCUAGAACUCGUUUUUUCCUUUCUGCUCCGUAACACAUGAUGAAACACAUGUAUGGUCCCCAUAUCUGUAGAUACAAACCAUGAAGCAAUCAGUAGCCAUCUCUCAUUGCGCUUGUAGUGUUUUAGUGAACUGCAUGCAAGAUGUGACUACUGUCCGCUCAUAUGGUAAUAUAAUUUUAAAGCCAAAAGAAUAAAGGACAUAUUUUUUGUA